GAGAACUCACCAGGCAACGGAGGGAGUUUCUGCAGGAUUUGCUUUGGGAAUUGCACGGGGUGCGCUGGAAGAGCUGGCUCACAGGAGGGUCCGUCCUAGCCUGGGCACAGCUCCGAGAGGCAGGCUGCAAGGUUGCUCCUCCAGCCUGGGAGGCCGUGCACCAGGCUGGCUGGUGGAUGUGAAGACACGCUGGAGAAGACAACGAUGCUGCCCAUGAGCGCUGGCCACCGGUGGAGGAGCAGCUUCCCCAUGAGGUGGCGAGAGGCUUGCCUGCUUGGCUGCUGGCUGUCCCUGUGUGCUGCAGAGUCCUUCUUCGCCUGCCCUUCCUCCUGCAAGUGUAACAGUGGCAAUCUGGAAGUGGACUGCAGUGGCUUGGGCCUCUCUUCCAUCCCCUCAGACAUCCCCACAAACACCAGGACCUUCCUUUUUCUCAACAACAAACUCAGCAUCCUGCCAGGACCGGUCUUUUCCAACCUCUCUGCCCUACAAAGGCUGGACCUAUCUAACAACUUCUUGGACCAGCUCCCUCAGAACAUCUUCAGUGACCUGGGGAACCUCACAGAGCUCCAGCUGAGGAACAACAGCAUCAGGGCCUUGGACAAGGACCUGCUGCAACACACGGCCCUGCUGCGCCAGCUGGACCUCUCCAUCAACGGCCUGGCCCAGUUACCCUCGGGCAUCUUUGAUGACCUGCCUGCUCUCCGCUCCCUCUCGCUCAGGUCGAAUCGCCUGCAGAGCCUGGACAGGGUGACCUUUGAGCCUUUGACCAGCCUGCAGCAACUCCAAGUUGGGGAUAACCCCUGGGAAUGUGACUGCAACCUCCGAGACUUCAAGCACUGGAUGGAGUGGUUCUCCUACCGAGGUGGGAAGAUCGACCAGCUGGCAUGUACCCUGCCCAAGGAGCUGAAAGGGAAGGACAUGCGAAUGGUGCCCAUGGAGAUGUUCAACUACUGUUCGCAGCUGGAUGAUGAGAACAGCUCUACUGUCCUGGACAAUACUGGCCCACCGUGCACUAAAGGAAGCACAACUCCUUCCAAAUCUAAAUCAGGCCCAGAACCAGAGGUGGAGCCCAGUGUGGGAUGUCCUCAGAAACAGCGCUACAGGCCUGUGAGCGUGCGCCGGGCUAUUGGCACUGUGAUCAUCGCAGGGGUGGUUUGUGGCAUCGUGUGCAUCAUGAUGGUGGUGGCAGCAGCUUACGGCUGCAUCUAUGCAUCCCUCAUGGCCAAGUACCAUCGGGAGCUGAAGAAGAGGCAGCCACUCAUGGGCGACACAGAAGGUGAACAUGAAGAGCAAAAACAAAUCUCUUCUGUGGCAUGAAACUCUUCUAGGAAGGCAAGGACAGCAGUUAACAAAGGUAUCUGAGAGCUGCCAAGCAUGGGGUCCUCCCGACAUACAUCUUCUCAGACAGACAGACAGACUGUGCUAUUGCUCCUGUCACCCAAGUAGUGCAACACGCUUCGGAGAGUGGGGGGGUCAGGACACCUGGCUCUAACUUCUGUUCCUCUGCCCCAGGCCCCUUCUGUGCCCUCCCAUCCUUGGGCCCUUCCAGGCAAAUAAAGUAGAGUCACACCUCGAGUGCUUGCCGUGCCUCAUGGCCUUGUGCAGAGCUUCCCUCACGUGCCUGCUUGGCAGCCGCUGGCACCUUGUGGGAACCCGUGCCGUCCCCUCAGCUUCCAGACUGAGUCCUCCUGUGCCCUGCCCAGAGCUCCCUGCAGACAGAGCAGCUUCGUGAAAGCUCAUGGACACCAGGCAAGUGUCCAUACCUUACUGCUAGGGUCAYUGCUGUUGUGUGACAGCAGCUCGCUCCUUGCCCAACAAGUCAGCAUGGCCAAGAGCGUGUUAGAAGGCACGGAAGGUCUCUAGGACAUGACGACUGUCUGAGGGAUAUUUCCCUUCUCGCUUUUAGAGGUGGAAGGAUACCUACAUCACUCCAGCACUGCCUGGGAGCACAAGCUCUUUCUGUUCCCGGCCAAGGACAAGUCUACAAGCUGACAUAUGUCUCAUCCUUUAUAGGUACACAGAGACAGAGCCACGCUCCUGCACACACACUCUGAGUCACUCUGAUCCCAACACACACACACAGACAUYGCUCCGUUCCAUACAUUCAGGCGCCCCAUCUGCGCAUGCAGAGCCACAUGUGCACAGACUCAUCUGCCCUGUGCUUGCAGCCAUGAAUACAUUUAGC